AUGUCUUUUGAACCCCGGCAUGCCGGUCACGGCCACGGCAACCACUUUGCCAAUGUCAAGUACGGUCACAUCAUCUUUGGCAUCUCGGUGGCCUACGCCCUCUAUGUCUCUGUGGCUCGUUACCUAUAUCUAAGGAAAUGGAACAAGCAGGCUAAAGCACCCACGGGGUUGGUGAGAUCCGCCGCUUACGGCAACUUGUGGGUCAGCGUGGUGUUCUGGACGUUUCUCAUUCUUUUUCUUUCGUUCAUCAACGUCGAAAACCUCGCCCUGAUGUGGAUCAUUGUCAUCAAGCGCUUGGGUAGAGUAGGCUACUGCUUGGUUCCCUUGGAUGCGGUUCUAGCGCUCCGGCCUGCGUGCCUCGGGCCCCAUGCGCUGUAUUUGGAGCAUUUGGCGUUGCACAAGUGGCUUUCCAGGGUCAUUGUGGUGGCUACCACGGCUCAUGGAAUCGGAUACUGGGUCAAGUGGAUCAUUGAGCUGCGGUUCUGGGCGCAAAACGUCAAGUACAAGAACUUCCUUGGCGUGGUGCCGUUUUUGAUGUCAGUGCUUCUUUUGGCCGUUUCGAUCAGACCGGCUAGACGGAAGAUAUAUGCGUUUUUUUAUAUCUGGCACAACGCCACGGUUUUUGCAUUCACCUUCUUCAUGCUCUGGCACGCCAGGCCGGGUGUCACCGACGUGCUAAUUUUCAGUUUCUGCAUCUACGGACUUCAGGUUUUCUUGCGGAUCAAGUUCACCCAUCGUUUGGAGAAAAUGACCAUCGUGGACCCGGAAGACUCCCAGUUGCGUUUGGUGAAACUCCAAAAACCGGCAAACUACCCUGCAGAAUGGAUCCCGGGCUCCCACCUCCGUAUGUCCUGGAAAAUCACCAAUUGGAAGUACUGGGUGUACCCUACGCACCCGUAUUCGAUCGGAUCCUUGCCUGGUGAUCCCACGAUAGAUUUGGUGAUCAAGAAAGGGUUCCGUUUUGAGAUGUUCUCGUCAUUGGAGUACUCAAUCUCGCUGCCGUACUGUUCUGUGCCUCCACCGCUCUACCAGACCGCCGACAAUGUCCACGUUAUCUGUGGUGGUUCUGGUAUCUCCUUGGGUGUGCCUAUCUAUCGCUAUCUCAAACAGAACUCCUCAGUUAUCACGAAUAUGACGUGGUGUGUGAGGAACGACAACGACGUUUUUGUGCUUCCCAGCACGAUGGACCCUAUCGACGUUUACGUCACAAAAGCUGAGACUACGCUUUUUGUCAAUAAUAACCAAGAGGAGGACCACGGCCUUUUGAACAAAGACGUGGAGCUUGAACUGUUAGAUGGCUCGGGCACCUCCAGCCCGCCAGAACUGGCUGUGAAUUUCAAAAAAGGACGGCCGAUCUUUGACGAGAUCUUUGCCCAUUUUGGCGAUACUGCCGAACCAGACAACAAGUGGAUCGUGGUUUGUGGACCUAGUGCAUUAAUUGAGGCUGUGAAGAAGUGGGGCAAGGUCAACCAUGUGCAUGUUUUCGAGGAGUUGUACGAUAUGUAA